AUGCCCCCACCAGUGAGGGAACGGUACAAUUCCAAGGCCCGAGGCUCCGUUGCUGGAGGGAGCUCUCACAAGAACCGCAAGCGCAAGGCCAAGCGCGAGGGCGAACCGGAAGAGGCUAAGCUCGCGCAGCCGCAUCAUGAGGCAGGCAUGUCGAGCAAGAAGCGCAAGCGGCUCGAUUCGUACAUUGCAACGAGCAUGGCGAUGGUCUCGUCGGCUGGACUCGGGCAGAAUCCCUUUGCUCCACCUACGGCGCUUCAGCGCGCCGAGAUUGCUGAGGAUAAGGCAGUACGACGGGGGAUUGAGAGGCUGAAGAGGCGACAUGGCGAGGCCGACAGCGACUCGGAGGAUGAAGGAAGGAGGAGAGUCGAAGUUGUGGCCACGGUGGCCGGGCAGGAGGAGAUUGAGACGACCGUGUUGGAGACCAAGGGCGAGAGGAAAGCGCGAGAGAAGGCGGAGGCGCGCGGGAGCGGCAAGCUCAAGAUGCCCAAGAAGGCGGGAUGGAACCCGGAGCUGAAGACGAAGGGCGACUCGUCGUCCGAGUUUGACUCGUCCGACUCGGGAGAGGACAUCGAGUCUGAGGCAGAGGCAGAGAAAGUCGAGGAGCCGAAGGAGCUUCCAAAGCCCGCCCACUCGGCGCUGAAGCCGGUAGGCGGCGCCGUGAAGCCUGCAGCUGGGAUUGCGCCCAAGGCCUCCACCGGGAGUGCGCUGAAACCUUUCAACGGGAGUGCUCUGAAGCCCUCAACUGGGAGUGCUCUGAAGCCUACAGCCGGUAGCGCGCUGAAACCGUCCCCCGGCGGCGCGCUUAAGGCGAACGUCGGAGGUGCUCUCAAGACUGCCGCGGACGGGUCGGCAUACCAGCCCCGCGUUGUCACUCGCGGACCGAAGAAGUUUGCGCCCGCUCGCCGCAGGCAGGAGAGCAGCGAGAUUAGCGACGGCGGCGAAGAUUCGGACGGCGACGAUUCCGACGACGAAGAUUCGGACGAUGAGAGCGACGACGACGAGGACAGCGACGACGAGGAGGACAGCGACGACGAGGAGGACAGCGACGGGGCCAGCGAGGAGGGGAGCGAGGGGGAGUCCGAGAGUGAGGGGGACGAUUCCGACGAGCAGAUGGAAGAAGACGGUGACACCGACGUUGCACCCAAGCAAAAGGUCAACUUCAAAGAGUGGGCGCUCAAGCAGAUGGGUUCGGGGGACGCUGAGAAGAGCCUUGCCCCGGACCUCCUCUCGGCGCCCGUCCAGCCGAAGAAAACACCAGCCCCGAAGACUGGAGAGUUCGUCGGGCCUAUGGGUGCUGCAUACCACAUCCCCGCCACCUCGCUGCUCACUGGUGAUGAGGGUUUGGUGGCCAGACCCGCUCUCAAGCGCCGACCUUCGGUCGUCGAGGCGCGGAUGGAGCUUCCUAUCUUGGCCGAGGAGCAGACGAUCGUCGAGGCUGUGCGCAUGCACCCAGUCGUGAUCAUCUGUGGCGAAACGGGUUCAGGAAAGACGACGCAGGUCCCCCAAAUGCUCUACGAGGCCGGGUUCGGUUUCGCGGGCAGCGCGAAUCCCGGCAUGGUAGCGGUUACCCAGCCGCGCCGUGUGGCGGCCGUUUCUUUGGCCGAGCGCGUGCGUGACGAGCUCGGCUUCCCCCCUUCCUCGGGGGUGGUUGCGCACCAGAUUCGGUACAGUUCCACAACGGCGCCGGAUACAGCGAUCAAGUUCAUGACGGACGGUGUGCUUCUGCGUGAGCUGGCCAACGACUUCCUCCUCUCCCGGUACAGUGUGGUUGUCGUCGACGAGGCGCACGAGCGCGGUGUGAACACGGACGUGCUCAUCGGUGUGCUCUCGCGUGUCGCGCGCUUGCGCGAGAAGCGCUGGCGCGAGACCGAGGGUGCUGACCGCCUCUCGCCCCUCCGCCUCGUUAUCAUGUCUGCUACGCUGCGUGUGGCGGACUUCGCUGAGAACGCCACGCUCUUCGCCACGCCCCCGCCGGUCAUCCACAUCGGCGCGCGCCAGCACCCCGUCACGGUUCACUUCUCCCGGCGUACAGUGAGCGACUACGUCGGCGAGGCCUACAAGAAGGUGUCCAAGAUCCAUUCGCGCCUGCCCGCGGGAACGAUUCUGGUGUUCCUCACGGGCCAGAGCGAGAUCAUGGGGCUGUGCCGCAAGCUCGAGGCCAAGUUUGGCGACAAGGGCAAGAAGGGAAAGAAGCCGAUCAAGGUGGAGGACGAGGGGAGGCUGAAGCCCGAGGUGAUUGAGGCCGAGGACGUCGAUCUGGGCGGGGACCGCGAUCUAGCCGCGGAUGUCGACGAUGGCGUCGCUGAGUCGGAUGACGAGGCCCUUGACACGGAGGACGAGGACGACCUCGGCAUCGAGGACACGGACAUGCCCAUGACUGUGCUCCCGCUCUACUCUCUACUGUCGCAGGAUGCACAGAUGGCCGUCUUCCGCCCUCCUCCCGACGGCCAUCGUCUCGUGAUUGUGUCAACAAACGUUGCCGAAACGUCCCUCACCAUCCCGGGGGUGCGCUACGUCGUCGACUCGGGCCGCGCCAAGGAGCGGCAAUACGACCACGCGUCGGGUGUGCAGACCUUUGCAGUGAGCUGGAUCUCCAAGGCGAGCGCGGCGCAGCGUGCGGGCCGUGCGGGCCGUACCGGUCCAGGACACUGUUACCGGCUCUACUCGAGCGCGCUAUUUGAAGACCAUAUGCCGGCCUUUGGCGAGCCCGAGAUCCUGCGUAUGCCAAUCGAAGGCGUCGUCCUCAACAUGAAGGCGAUGAACAUCGACGCCGUCAUUAACUUCCCCUUCCCGACCCCGCCUGACCGGCAAGCGCUGCGCCGCGCCGAAGCCCUCCUCACCCAUCUUGGGGCACUGGACCGGCCCUCUACCACCCGAAUGAUCGCCGGCGUACAGAAAACCGGAAGCGCGGGAGGAAAGAUCACCGACCUCGGCCGCGCAAUGGCAGCGUACCCCGUCUCGCCGCGUUUCGCAAAGAUGCUCGCGGUGGGCAAGGAGAACGGCUGCCUGUCAUUCGUCAUUGCCAUCGUGGCGGGAUUGAGCGUCGGCGAUCCGUUUGUCCAUGAGAACGCUCUUGAGGCCGACUCGGACGAGGAGGGAGAGAGGGGGGCCGAGCUGGCUGGAAUCACCAGCGAUUCCGUGAGGGACAAGGAGAGGAGGCGCGACGUGCGUUCCCGCUUCUUCAAGCGGCACGCGGCAUUCGACUCGGGCGAAAGCGACAUGUUCAAGCUCCUCUCUGCGAUCGGGGCAUACGAGCAUACUCCGACCACCUCUUUCUGUGCUGAAUACUUCCUCCGCCCAAAGGCAAUGCAGGAAAUCCAACAACUUCGUGGACAAAUUGCCCGGAUCGCAGGCAUCUCUCUCUCUCGAAUGGCGCCUCCCUCAUCAAAGGAACGCAAGAUUCUGCGCCAGAUCCUCUGCGCCGGCUUUAUCGACCAAGUGGCCGUCCUGGAGUCUAUCGCAUCCAAGAAGGGCUCAUCGGCCCACUCGUCGGCCCGGGGCGUACCAUACCGCGCAUUAGGUGUUCCCGAACCUGUAUACCUCCACCCGUCGAGUGUUCUGUUCCACCACACACCACCCGAUUUCGUUGUUUUCAGCGAAGUCGUACGCACAGCACGAGUGUGUCUCAAGGGCGUUACAAAGGUUCAGGCAAGCUGGUUGGCCGUGCUGGGCAAGGACAUGUGUAGCUUUUCUCGGCCGCUUGAGACGCCUGGGAUGCGGGCAAAGAGUUUGACGGCUACGGAGAGGGAGGUGGUGGUUGUGCCACACUUUGGGGAUUUGGGGGUGGAUUUGCCGCCUGUUAAGCGCAAGCAGAGGAGGGAGGGGACGAGAUGGGUUACGUUGGAGGAGUAG